UGUUGAUUAGUGUGCCCACGUAGAACUAAAUGGUGAUUGGACUCUUCACCGCUCAAUCGUCAAAAUGCCGGUAUUGGGGGUGGUGUUUCAGAAGAAUCCUGCAGCUGUCUGCAAGAUGGCGGAACGGGGAAGGGAUCUGUCUGGCCUCGUUAAAAGAAUAAAAUAAUUUAGGUUAGCUAGCUAAGGGAAGAACAUUUUGUAAAUGAAAUAUAGCUCUGACGGAGGAUUUGCCAGUGGAGGAGUCGCAGUGCCUAGAACCCGAGUAAUAUAAGCUGAAUGCAUUGUGAUUUCCAGUAAUUGAGACAGUGAUUCUAAAAAGCUGUCUACAUUAAUGAAAAGAACAAUGUAGUCAGCUUAGCAUAUUCAACACUGGUACAUGAUCAACACAGGGAAGUUGUUUUGUUCGAAAUCUUGUGCAAUGUGCUUCUGCAUGCAUUUUAGCUAAAUACUUAUAAGAACAGGUUGAAAAAACAGUCAGGGUGACCCAUAGAGAAUUUGUUGUAUUUAGUGAUUCAUAAGACAGUCAACAUGGAGAUAGAUGACAUAUUACCCCCAUUGCCUUUGGAGCCACCUGAUGAUUUAAACUCAGAGGGCCUUAAUGGUAAAGCGCAGCCUCCACCACCUCCCCUGCAAACGUCCAGUGACGCAGAGGAAAUGGACGUUAGCUCUGGUGGUGAUGGACAGACACACACCCCAGCAGGGGACCAGGGCCUGGGGCUCCUCGCCAAGGGCUCCAUAACCUUCAGUAAUAACCUGUCAGAUGAGGUCGAACCCAGCUCACUGUGCCCUAGAACAGCCCGCCAUGCACCCCCUGUCAGCAAGUUCCUACCAGAGCUUAAGUUACUACAAGACAUUAAGAUCAGUGUCAGCGUUGUAGAUAGCAGCAGGAGCAAAGAUAGGAAGGUGCUGUACACAGGGAUCGGUCAGGAGGGUGGUGGUGUAGGGGAGACCAGCUCAGAGGGCCUUAAUGGUGAGUUGUAUGAUGCCAAUACAGAGCUAGGAGCUGUUGAGGGUGGCUCAGGACUGGGGAACGGGAUGGUCUGUGGCAGUGCAGGGAGGAGAGGGGAAGAGGCAGACCUGGAGAACAAAGUGGAAUUUGCGGUCUUGGACGAGCUGGAGGACUUCAGUCAGGACUUCCUGGAUACGGAGAAUGUGGAGCAGGGGGGUUUCAGGUCUGAGGAAAUGGUUCAACCGGAGAAUGCUGACGAGGAGAACCUGAAUUACUCAUAUGAGGAGGACUUCGACAAUGAUGUAGACGCUCUGCUGGAGGAGGGCAUGCCCGUGCCCAAAAAGAUGCGCCUGGCGGAGGGGGCUGCUGAGUAUGCAGGGGACAGUGACCACGCGUCGGACGGGGAGGGAGGCGUUCAGCCCAUGAUGACCAAAAUUAAAACAGUCCUGAAGAGUCGUGGGCGUCCACCCACUGAGCCACUACCUGAUGGAUGGAUCAUGACAUUCCAUAACUCUGGCAUUCCAGUCUACCUGCACAGAGAGACCAGAGUAGUGACCUGGUCCAGACCUUACUUCCUGGGGACCGGGAGCAUCAGGAAACACGACCCUCCCACCAGUAGCAUCCCCUGCUUGCACUAUAGGAAGAUGAAGGAUCAUGAGGAAAGGCAACAGAACGGAGAGGUGACACCCAACGCUGAGGUGUCUCCAGUGAAGCCUGGGGAAGAGGCAGACUCCCUGGAGAGACCAGACGAGCCUGACUCCACAGCCCAGGAGGACCCUACCACUGUGGCCCUUGGUCUGACCCUGGGGGAUGGAGAGGUGGAGUUGGAGACAGGCCUGGUCAUAGAAGGAACCAUAGAAAGGUGUCCUGUCCCGCACGGCAAGAUGGCCCAGGGGGCUCUGGGACAGGUCAGGGCCAAGGUGGAGGUGUGUAAAGAUGAAUCCAUAGAAAUUGAGGAGUUCCGCAGCUACCUGGAGAAGUGCUUUGACUUUGAACAAGUGACUGUGAAGAAGUUCCGUACCUGGGCAGAGCGCAGGCAGUUCAACAGGGACAUGAAGAGGAAGCAGGCUGAGUCCGAGAGACCCAUUCUGCCUGCCAACCAGAAGCUCAUCACUCUGUCUGUAUCAGAUACCCCCACCAAGAAAGAGUUUGUCAUUAAUCCAAAUGGGAAGUCUGAAGUUUGCAUCCUACAUGAAUAUAUGCAACGUGUCCUGAAGGUCCGACCUGUUUACAACUUUUUUGAAUGUGAGAACCCAAGUGAACCCUUUGGCGCCUCCGUCAUUAUAGACGGAGUGACAUAUGGCACAGGAACUGCAAGCAGUAAAAAACUUGCCAAGAAUAAAGCUGCUCGAGCCACACUGGAGAUCCUCAUCCCUGACUUUGUAAAGCAGACAUCUGAGGAGAAGCUUGUAGAAGGGGAUGAACUGGAGGUAUCAGCCUGCCAAUCAUUGUAUUUUAAUCAUAUCAGUAUUGAAGAUUCUAGGGUGUACGAACUGACCAAUAAAGCAGGCUUACUCUCGCCAUAUCAGAUUCUACACGAGUGCCUUAAGAGAAACCAUGGAAUGGGUGACACCAGCAUCAAGUUUGAGGUGAUCCCAGGGAAGAACCAGAAGAGUGAAUAUGUGAUGACGUGUGGAAAGCACACUGUGCGUGGAUGGUGCAAGAAUAAGCGUGUGGGGAAGCAGCUGGCGUCGCAGAAGAUCCUACAGAUGCUGCACCCCCACGUAAAGAACUGGGGGUCACUGCUCCGCAUGUACGGCAGAGAGAGCAGUAAGAUGGUGAAGAAGGAAAAUUCAGACAAGAGUGUGAUUGAACUUCAACAGUAUGCCAAAAAGAACAGGCCAAAUCUUCACAUCCUGAACAAACUGCAAGAAGAGAUGAAGAAACUGGCUAAAGAGAGGGCGGAAACCAGGAAGAAGCCCAAGAUGACCAUAAUGGAGUCGGCCCAGCCUGGCAGUCAGCCGCUCUGUACUGUUGACGUCUAGGAACUAUCACUGCAACCAACCUAACAUGGCACUGACCAAUGGUAGCCAUAGUCACUGUCAGAUAAAAAGUCGCGCCACCAAUCUAUCAUCCAAUUAUGCAUCAUUGUGUAAGGGCAAUACAACACAUUUAUACUAUAAAGGUGGUCAUCUUAGCACUGUUUCUCCAAGCUGUUUGUUAUUUGACCCCCCCCCCCCCCCCGUUCAUUGUUAGUGGCUUGGGUAAGAAUAGUACAAAUGCACUAACUGACAGUAGAGUGAGCACCAUCUACCUCUUGAUGCAAUCUCUACGCAGCAGCGCUUCUAUAAAUUGAACCACAGGGGUGCAGACAGACCGGUUGAGAUGACUUGACAUGUCUAUGAACCACAGCAAUUUCUGUCAGCCUGUUUACUCUGUAGUAAUGACUGCUGAAAAUCACUAGCCCCCCGUGUUUUAUAGUUGCGAUUUAAUUUCUAAUACACUCCAUACUUUUAGGACACUGAACAUUUCGAGCAGGUUUCCUUAUAUGCUUAAAGCAUAGCCUAUUCAAAGGGAUUUGUUUGCGGUCUCUGCUUUUGCUAUUCUGGUACGUUGUGGAAAACCAAUUUAUAUGCUGUUGUAAUUUGGAUAUUGUUGAUGUGUAUAAUUUGGAUGGUGAUUAGGGUCUCUGAGUAUGCUUCGUCUAAAGAAUGACAAGCUUACGUUUUCAUUUGCACGUGAAACAUUUACCUGAUAAGAAGACACAAAUGAAGUUUUCUGCACAACUCCAGUGAGUCCAGUCAUACUUCUUGUUACAUGCUCAUGUUCUUAGUAUGAGAAAUGCAUUUUGAAUUUAUAAUGGAAUGGACAUUAAGAGGGACUAAUAAUUUGAGUUGCCUUUGUUCUGGAUAUACAGGAUGAAACAUAUCAAUGGACAGCUGAUAAGGCUGGUCUGUCUAGCUAAGAUCUUGUUUCCACAUUAGCAGUGCAGACAACAAGCACAAGGGCUUGAAGUACUGUAGUCAUUGAGGAAAUAUACAAGGUAAAGUUGUUACAUAUUUAAGGCGGCCUAUACUUUUGGACUUUUCUUUCUGUAAUUAGAUUUUAGCCACUUCAUUAUUUUUUAUUUUUUUUGACUAAUUAAAGCAAAACAAUACAACAUGCAGACUUAUUAUUUAGCCAUUCAUUUAAGGACCCAUAUACAGAUGGGAGAACAAUUGGCUACAUGUUGCCUUAGUUGACCCAUUCCAUGAAGGGCUCCCAUCCCAGAGAACUCACAGGGCCCAAGUCCCCCUUCAAGGGAAAUGGAUUGACCAAGCCCCUCCUGAUACAGCAUUUGUUUAGCCAGUUAAGAUGUGUCAUAAUGCGACAAGACAUUAAUAUUGAUGUUCUGGAAGAAUUGCCUUUAGCAUGUACAGAUUUUUAAUUAAGAGUUGUUUUAAUGGUUUGGUCGUCUAUAACAAGGUUUGUUUGCCAUUAUUGUGUGUGUGUGUUCUGAUCAAUCACGUUUUCAAGCAUUGUGUAGGAUAACUACGAUCCUCUGCAUAAGGCAAUCUUCGGAAAUUAAGUUGGCACACUUUACCUCGAACAAAAUACGAUCAUGUCAUUUAUAAUUAAAUCCGAUAGCUAAAGAAGCAGUGUGAACCAAAGCUUAAAUACAGUCUUAUGCAUUUUUAUAGAAUACUGUAGGUUGCUGCAUACAAUACUUAAAUAUAAAUAUUACACACAGGAAAGGAUAAAGAUGCAAUACCUGCUGGAACAAAAUAUAAACUGAUGUGCAUUCAUUGUGUGGCAUUCGGUUUGUGCGCUUUUCCUGAAUGUUUAAUGCAGCUGAUCAGAAUUCACCAUUGUACACGGGCACAAUGCUGUUGUAUUGAAUGACCCCCACACACACACACCUCAUAUUUGCGUGUUCUGUCUUGCCAAGUGUUAGUGUGUAAAGAAAAUAUGCCUUUUACACUUUUUAGAGUUGUAACAAGUUGUUUGCUAGAGAUAUUGCUGCCUAGAAAAUGAAGUAUGUAACAGCGACUUGGGAUCGCUGACUUUCAGUGAAAUUGGUUUAUGCAAAUAAAAUCGUCAUGACUUA